AUGAGUUUUAAUGGACUCCAGGAUCCAGGAGUGGAAGGUGUUAAUCCCAUGGACGGAGGUUCUGAGUUUAAACUCUAUAGCGGGGAUGACUCUCUGAAUCAGUCUCAGCCCGGCAAUAACAUCUUCGAGGAUGACGCUGUUUUCAUGGUCAACAUGUUUCUGGGAGGAGGAGGCGGUAUGGAUGGAGAGACUGGAGCGGGUGCUGAGGCUGCUGGUUUGGAUGCUGGGAUGUUUGGUUUGGCCGAGCCUCUCCUUCCAGGGUUUUCAGGGUUGGAACCAAUGGAAGGGGUCGCGUUCAGGUUGGACGGGCAGGGGGUUAUGGAUCCAGGAACGAACCAGGUUCCUUCGUUUGACUCUCAUGGUAGUGGCCAACUACAGUUUUCAGCAUUUGAUGAGAAACCGAUACAUUCUAUAACGGGAGCCGGCGAGACAUGGGAACAGAAUGUAGGUUUAAGGGGUCACGUGGAACGGAGGGAAGGUGGAAGGGAUACGAUGGAGGAGACACGGCAGCAUUAUGGGCAGCAGGAGCGAGAGCAAGAAGAACGGGAGCAACAAAGGAAGCUGGAACAGGAGAGGGAGUUGGAGAAGCAGAGGGAGUUGGAGAAACAGAAGCAGCAGAGGAAGUUGGAGCAGCAGAGGGAGCUGGAGAAACAGAGGCAACUGGAGCUUGAGAAACAGGAGAAGCAGAGGAAGUUGGAUGAGCAGAGGGAGCUUGAGAAACAGAGGCAGCGGGAGUUGGAGAAACAGCGGCUGGAGAAACAGGAGCAGCAGAGGGAGCUAGAGAGACAAAGGCUGAAGGAUUUGGAGACACAGCGGCAAUUGGAACUGGAGAAAAGGCAGCUGCAGAGGAAGCUGGAGCAGCAGAGGGAGCUGGAGCGGCAGAGGGUUUUGGUGGAAGAGAGGCAGAAGGAGUUGGAGAAACAGAGGCAGUUGAAGUUGGAGAAACAGGAGCAGCAAAGGAAGCUGGAGCAGCAGAGGGAGAUGGAGCAGCAGAGGGUGUUGGAGGAACAGCGGCAGAGGGAGUUGGAUAAACAGCGGCAGAGGGAGUUGGAGAAACAGCGGCAGAGGGAGUUGAAGGAACAAGAGCAGCAGAGGAAGCUGGAGCAGCAAAGGGUGUUGGAGGAACAGAGGCAAAGGGAGUUGGAGAAACAGCGGCAAUUGGAGAUUGAGAAACAGGAGCAGCAGAGGAAACUGGAGCAGCAGCGAGUGUUGGAGGAACAGAGGCGAAGGGAGUUGGAAAAACAGGAGCAGGAGAGGAAGCUGGAGCAGCAGAGGGAGCUGGAGAAGCGGAGGCAGAGGGAGUUAGAGAAACAACGGCAAAUGGAGCUGGAGAAACAGGAACAGAUGAGAAAGCUGGAGCAGCAGAGGGAGCUAGAGAAACAGAGGCAGAGGGAGUUGGAGAGACAGCAGCAGCUGGAGCUGGAGAAACAGGAGCAAGAGAGGAAGCUGGAGCAGCAAAUGCAGUUGGAGAAACAGAGGCUGCGGGAGUUGGAGCAGCAGAGGGAGCUAGAGAAACAAAGACAGAGGGAGUUGGAGAGACAGCAGCAAUUGGAGCUGGAGAUACAGGAGCAGGAGAGGAAGCUGGAGCAGCAAAAUCAGUUGGAGGAACAGAGGCAGAGGGAGAUGGAGCAGCAGAGAGAGCUAGAGAAACAAAGGCAGAAGGAGUUGGAGAAACAGCAGCAUUUGGAACUGGAAAAACAGGAACAGCAGCGAAAGAAGGAGCAACAGAUGGAGCUUGAGAAACAGGAGGAGCAGAGGGAUUCAGAAAAUCAAAGUAAAGAGGUGCUUGAGGUGAGAGCGGAAGAGGGGUUUGAUAAAGCGGUGAGAGAAGAGAAAGCUACUGACAUGGGAAGGGAGGAGUAUGGUGGGGAUGAGGAGGAGUGCCCUGACGAGAGCAGUGAGCAUGGGGAGGGUAAGGCGAAGAUGAAGCUUCUGACUGCUCUUGACAAGGAACAACCGGUGCCACUGUCUCGGCAGGAAGAAACAGAGGAAGCAAACGCGAAGGGAGCUGGGAAGGGGUUUACGGAUGAGGAGAAGAAGGUUGGGGUUAAGUCUGGUACACUGCAGCGUCCAGAGGAGGAGGAACAGGUGGAAGAGGAGGAGGAAGAGGAGGAGGAAGAGGAGGAAGAAGAGGAGGAUGAUAUUGAGGACUGGAUAGUGAUGGGUGGGGAGCAGGAGGGGGGAAAGGUAGAUGAGGGUGGUAGUGACGCGCGUCAGCCUAGCAGCGUGGAAGUGGGAGAGCAGUCUGCUGGUGAGGUGCGUGGAGCACACCAGGGUGAAGCCGCCCUGAGGGACGAAGGACACGAGAUGCACAAACAGGCAGAAGAGGUAGCAGAGAAUGCUGCUGGGGCGUUGGAGUCAGUUGCUGAGGAGCACAAGGAGAGGCAGGUGGGAGGGUUUUCAGAUUCUGCUUUUGCGGCUCCUCUGAAGGAGCAGGGGGACGCGGUAGAGGAGUGUGCUGCUGCUGAGAAGCACGAGGAAUCACUUGUUGAGGAGCAUAAGGAGGGGCGGAUGGGAACAGUAGAGGCGGAUGCGAUCCAAACUUGUAAGGUGAGGGAAGAAGCAGAGGUGACGGUGGAAGAUAAACAAGGAGAAGAGGAGAAGGGACGAGGAGAGAAGGAGGUGGAGGGGAAGGCGGAGUUGGAUGCGUCUGGGGAAGAGAAGAACGCUAUUUCUCUAAUGCUGCAGCAGGAGGAGGGGCAGCAGGAGCAGGAAGAGCAGGAGGAGCAGGAGGAGCAGGAGGAGCAGGAAGAACAGCAACAGCAGCAACAGCGGGAGGAGGAGAAGGAGGAGAAACUGCAGCAGAAGCAAGAACAGGAACGGGAGCAGGAGGAACAGCAACAGCAGCCAGAAAUGGCGAAGCAGCAGCCACAGUACGAGCAGGAGAAGGAGCAGCAGCAGCAGCAACAGCAGCAGGGACAGGGUCAAGAGGAGCAGCAGCAGCAGCAGCAGCAGCAGGAGGAGGAGCACCAGGAGAGCGAGAAAUGUGGGGAGGCAAAGGAGCGAGAGCAGGUGAGGCAAGACAAAGAGCAGGAGCAGAGGACACAAAAAGUCGGGGAGGAAGGGGAGAUGGAAAUUCAUGGCACACCUGCUGCUGGUGCUGCUGCUGCUGGUGGUGGUGGUGCUGCUGCUGCUGCUGCUGCUGCUGCUGCUGGUGCUGCUGGUGCUGCGGAGGCAGACGGUGCUUCUGCAGCACAGUCUGCGGCAGCAGUGGACAAGAAGCGGAAGCACAGUGAAGCGUUUGUGGAGGCCGAUGAAGAAGCUGCUGCUGUUGACAAGUCCUGUGUUGCUCCCGAACUGUCUGCUGCUGUUUAUCCAUCUGCUGCCCCUGAACCCUCUGCUGCCCCUGAACCAUCUACUGCCCCUGAACCCUCUGCUGCCCCGGAGCCAUCUGCUUCCCCUGAGGCAUCUACUGUGCUUGAGAUGUCAUGUGGUGCUGGUGAUCCAUCUGUUGUUCGUGAGGCAUCUUCUCCUUUCGAACCCUCUGCUGCCCCUGAGCCAUCUGCUCCUGAGCCAUGUGCUGAGGACGAGGGCACUGAGGGAAGGGAGAAGGAGAGUGAAAGGGAGGUUGGAGGGAUGGAGAUGAAAGAAUCUGCAGCAGCAGCAGAAGCGCAAGCUCCCCCAGUAGUGGUGAGCACAGUCAAGCCGCCCUCAGCACAGCCUUCACCAGUACUACCUCCCCCUCUGGACGGACCUGCCGGUUUGUCUCUUGUCCUGGCCCUGUCUGCUCUGGAUGUGGUUCUGGGGAAGGGGCGGGCGGGGGGGGCGAGAGAACAGGGGGAGAAAGCCGGGAGGGGCAUUCAGGUGGGGGAUACUGGGCGGAGCGGGAGGAGUAGGAGGGGUGGGAGGAGUGGGAAGAAGGAGAAGGGGAAGAGGCAUGAGCGGGGUGGGGUGAAGGAUCAGGGGGCAAGAAGUGAACGGGCGGCACGGAGUAGGCGUGGAGGGAAGAGGACGACGAGGGCGCAGGAGGAGGAGGAGGAGGAAGAGGAGGAAGAGGAGGAGGAAGAGGAGGAGGAGGAGGAGGAGGGGGAUGAGGAGGAAGGGAAUGAGGAGAAGGAGAGGGCUGGAGACGGGGAGGGGGGUGAAGAAGUGAAAGGGGAAGAGGAUGAGGAAGCGUCGAGGAGGGAAGCUGCCUUUGAGGAGACUCGAGUGAACGAGGGAGAUAAGGCAGGAGUAGGCGAUGGGAGAGAUGUUAGAGAGGGCUUGAUUGGAGAGGGACUGGGUAGUGCGAAGGUGGAUAGGGAGGGGGAUGGGACAGUGGGCGGAAAUGUGGGUGGACAAAGGACAGAGGAAGAGGCAGGUUCGGAAGGGACUGAUGAGGAAGCGGAUGUUGUGGAAGUGCAGGCAGAGGGAGUGGGAGGCGGGAUGGAAGAGGAGGUUGGGGUGCAAGACGCAAGAAGAGAGGCAGUGGAUGUGGCAGGACUGGGAGAGGAAGGAACGGCGCAAGGGGCGGGUGAGGAAGCGGAUGUUGUGGAAGUGCAGGCAGAGGGAGUGGGAUCUGAGAUGAGGGAGGAGGUUGGGGUGCAAGAUACAAGCAGAGAGGCAGUGGAAUUGGGUGAGGAAGAAUUGGCACAAGGGGCAGGUGAGGAAGCUGAUGUAGUGGAAGUAAAGACAGAGGGAGCAGAUUCUCGGGUGCAGGACUGUGGGUUGUGUGAGUCGACAAGGGAGGCGGAAGAGCCAUUGAUAAAGCCAUCAGCAGAGCCAGGUGAAGGAGAAGCAGUGGAAGGGGCAGGUGAAGGGGAAGCAGCGGAAGAGGCAGGCGACGAAGCUGAUGUGGUGGAGGUACACUUGAACGAGAUGGAGGUGCAGGGAGGAGAGGUGGAAUUAACAGAAGUGGCGAUGGUGGAGCAAGGGGCGGAAUCAGGAGAGGGAGAGGUGCAGGAAGUGGGGAUGGGGACUGGCUUUCUAGAGGCAACUAGAGGAGCAGCUGAGUCCGGUGAAGAGGUUGAAGAAGGAGGGACAGCUGGAGAUGCAGAUGUCGUGGAGGUGCGAGAUGAGAAUGAGAAGGAAGUGGGGAUGGAAUCACAAGAAGCAGACGUGCAGGAAGUGGAAGCAGAGGCAGCAGGGACAGCAGAAGGAGCAGGAGGAGAAGGAGGAGAAGGAGGAGAGGCAACAGCAGGGACAGCAGAAGGCGCAGCAGGAGGAGGCGAUGGGGGUGUUGCAGUAGCAGAGAGAGCGGGGAAGAGGAGGAGAGUGCGGCCGUUGAUGAGGCGAGUACAGUCUGUCACAGACGCUGCUGAUACAGCAGUGCAGGCAGGGCCUAAGGGUGUGGCUGCUGCUGCUGCUAGGGAUACGCACAUGGCCCCACUGGCUGUGGGUGCUGCUGAAUCUCAAUCUGAUGGGGAUGAUGGUACUUUGGAUCGUGGUGCUCGUGAUUUGUCCAGUGAUGGUGGGCACGUGGCAAGAGAUUCUUCUCCCCCUCGUCAUGGUCAUAAAGCGCAUGCUUCGACCGAUGAUAUGGAUGGUGAUGGUGGUGAUGGUGGUGAUGGUGGUGCUGGUGGUGCUGGUGGUGCUGGUGAGGAUGGGCGUGAUGCUUCAACGGCUGCUGCAUCCUGCCAUGCUCCAGCUGGAUCCGAUUCAACGGAUGCACAUGGCACGCCCAUGCAUCUCUCCCCGAGGCUAAAGCCGCUGCUAUUCUGCCUGGGGAGCUUCGAAGCAGGCGACAUAGUGUGGGCCAAGUCAGGGCGCAAGAAAGACCCCUGGUGGCCGGCCCGUGUGGUAGACCCGAUUUACGAUGCCCCUGCUGCUGUCAGGAGCGCCGCUGAAGCCGACCGGCUGUGUGUCAUGUUCUUUGGGCCAUCGCUUAGCAAAAAACGCGACCGGGACUACUCGUGGGUGCCCGAGGGGAGCAUUGUGCCGUUUCUGGAUUUUCUAGUUAAGUAUGAGAGCCAGCCGCUGACUGCGAGGAAUCGGCCGAAGGAGUUUCGGAAGGCUGUGGAGGAGGCUGUGUUGGAGAGUGAAGGGAUGGUGGGGUGUGAUGAGAUGGAGGGAGGUGGGGGAGAGGAAGAGGGAGGGGAAGGAGAAGAGGGAGGCAGAGCUGGUGCUUCUGCUGCUCGUGCUUCUGCAGCAGGCGCUACGCUAGAAGAAAGCGCAGCAGGCAGCAGCUACGCGCACAGGCUAGUAGACGAAUUACUAGACUCAGUCCCGCUCUGCAUACAGUGCCGCAAGCUUUUCCAGUCGCACCAGUUCUGCCCACUCUGCCUCCUCGUCUGGUUACCCAACGAGAAGGGCGAUUUCGCCCACUGCGACCGCUGCCAGCUGUGGGUGCACGCGGAGUGUGACGGGAUCUCUAGGCAGCGGUUGAGUGCGAUUAAGAACGAUGCGGUGUAUUUGUGCCCGAAUUGCCGGCAGACUAAGGCGGUGGAGGAGCGGGAGAAGAGGGAGAGGAGGGAGAGGAGGGGGAGGGAGAAGGAGGAGAGGGAGCAGAGGGAGGAGAGGGAGAGGAAGGAGCAGGAGGAGAGGGAGAAGAGGGCUAAGGAGGCGGCGCAGGCUGCUGCUCAGGCCGCUGCUUCUGCCGCUGCUGCUCGGUUGAAGGAGGAGGGGAGAGAUGGAGAGAGGGAGACAGCGGGACGGUCUGGGAUGGAGGUGAUAACGGGGAUGGGGAGGGGGUUCAGCCUGGGUGGUGCGCGCUUGCGGAUCGACGAGGUGAAACGGGAGGGGUUGCUUGUUUGUCGCCUCGACAGGGAUAGGAGUGGGGAUCGGGAUCAGGAUGGGGAUGAGGAUGAGGAUGAGGAGGAUGAGGAUAGGGAUGAGGGUGAGGGUGGGGGUGGGGAUGGGUCAGAUGAUGGUGGUGGGCAGGGGCGGAAAGGAGGAGGUGGUAGAGGUAGAGUGAAGGAAGAAUGGGAUGAAGAGACAGUGGAGAAGAAGGGAGACGCGGAUGGGAAUGGAUUCUUGGCCACUAAGGAGGCACCUCACAGAGCUGAUUUCCCACCGUCUAAUUCACCUGAGGAUUCACCUGAGGAUUCACCUGAAGAUUCACCUGGUACUCCAUCCUCCUCACCUGAGGCAGAAGCGGAAGGGGACAACAAGAUAGCAGCGGCGCCACCCAUCCCCAUCCCUGUAGCCCACCCGCCAGUGCCCGUCACAUGCGCGUCCUACAAGGGCGUCUACCUCCCUUCGCGUCACCUCGUGCAGUGCUGCUGCCGCUCCUGCCGACCCAAGGCCAAGGGGGGCAGCAGCAAGAGCAGCGCCGCUAGCACUGCUGCUGCGGCGGCGGCUGGUGCGGGGGAGGUUGAGAGUGGGGGAGCGGGGGGAGCAGGGGGAGUGUUGAUGGCGCUGAGUGAGUUUGAGAAGCAUGCGCAGUGCCGCUCCAAGAAGUGGAAAUCGUCUGUGCUGCUGCAGGGCGCUGAGAAGAAGACGACUCUCUUUGCCUCGAGGCGUCCUACAAGGCAGGAGUCAGAGGCCUCGCCUAUUCCUAGGCAUUCCCUUCUCAACCCCUCGCAGCUCCAGGUGUCUCACGAGGCGGGGCUCCAGGCGUCCCACGAGGCGGGCGUGAGAGGCCUCUUGUUCUACGAGGACCCUCCGCCUCGCAGCCGCCCGGGCAACCGGCAGCAGGGGAUCAUAUCCACACUGCGCAGUGCGGGCGGGGGCAGCGCGGUCGCAGGAGGGAUCGGAGGAGUAGGAAUGGGUUCAAUGAGAGGCAGAGCUGGUGCAAAGGGGUCCAUGGAUCCCAGGGGAGGAGUGACAUGGCUGGAAAAGGCUUUAAGUGAGCCGUACGAGGGGGUGGAGUACAAGUGGACCUCUGAACGGUGUGCGGUGUGCAACAGCGAUGAGGAUUCCGAUGCUAGCCGCAUGCUGGUGUGUGUCAAGUGUGAGAUGGGCGUGCAUGAGGAGUGCUACGGGAUCGAGGCCCCGCCUGGGUCGCCAGGUAAAGCAGCUGGUGUUGGUGCCGACGCUGACGCUGACGCUGACGCUGGUGGUGCUGCUGCAGGGAAACCCUCGGUUUCCUCCUCUGCUGCGUUUGGCAUGUCUUGGCUCUGCCGCUGCUGCGACCGCGCGGCGAACCCCACCACUGAUUCGAGCAGAACCAGCAACCGCAUUGCCUCUGGUGCAAAGACAGAGGCUGACACAGACGCACACACAGCAGAAGGUGGCAAAGGCAAACGCAAGGGCAAGGGCAAGGGGAAAGGCUCUGAUACCAUGGCGCUAGUGGCUUCAGGUAGCACAGGGGUGGGAGGAGGAGCCGUUGCAGGGCUGGGCAGAGGAAGAGGCGGGGGCGCAGGAGCAACCAGAGCAGGGGAGGAAGAGCAGGGGACGGAGGAGGAGGAGGCGGAGAUUCGGAGGGAGUGCUGUCUAUGUCCUGUGCGGGGCGGGGCUUUAAAGCCCACGACCAUCAGGCUCGCCCUUCCUGGGAACAGCAGAAGCAAGGGGGAGGUGCCCUGGAGAAAAACAGCAGCAGCUGGCGGUACCGCCGCCGCUGCAGCUGCUGCCGCCGCCGCUGCGGCUGCUGCUGCUGCAGCAGCAGUGGUUGGGGGCAGGGGUGGUCGAGGAGUGGCGUUUGGGGGAGUGGGGUUGGGAGGAGGAGCGGGUGCGGGAGGGGGAGGGGGUGGGGAGGGGUUGAUUUCACGGCAGCGGUGGGCGCAUCUGGUGUGUGGGCUGUGGAUGCCGGGUGUGAGUGUGCUGGGCGAGGGCGAGGGAGAGGUGCUGGACGGCAUUCAGCUCGUGGAUCCAGAGCGGUUCAAACUGGUGAGAAACGAUAACAGCUGGCUUGCUGCAUCUGCCGCCAGCCGUACGGCGCGUGCAUUCAGUGCGAUGAAGGCGGGGUGGAUCAUGGACCAUGGAUUCAGCAAUGCCUGGUACUCUGCACACACCCCUUCCCGCCCCCCCUUUCCGCCGCACCCCUGCCCCUCCUCAGGCGUGUUGCAUCUGCCGCCAGCCCUACGGGGCAUGCAUUCAGUGAGACGGGCCGCGCUGCCUGGUGGCGCGUGCUGCAUCUGCCGCCAGCCAUACGGCGCGUGCAUUCAGUGCGACGGGCCGCGGUGCCUGGUGGCAUACCACGUGGUGUGUGCGAUGAAGGCGGGGUGGAUCAUGGAUGUGGUUCCUGAUGACACGGGCCAGCUGCUGCGCUGCACCUUCUGCCCCAAACACAGGGAUCCGAAUCCUGACCUUGCUGUGAUUGGCCCUGCUGCCCUUGCAGCCGGCAAGAGGCUGAUUGAGCGAGGGGGGAGGCUGAGGAAACGCACUGGCAUCACUGGGUUUCCUGCCAUAGGCGCGGGCACUCUCAAGAGUGACUCCCUCAAACCGGAUGGGGAGAAGGACAGAGAGGGCAAAGAGGGCAGGGAGGGGAGGGAGGGGAGGGAGGGGAAAGAGGGGCGAGGGGAGGGGAAGAGAGGGGGUUUGGAGAAGUGGAAAGGGAGGGGGAGAGAGGGUGAGUUGGAGGGAGAGGAAUGGGGCGAGGAGGAGAGGGGUGAGAAGGUCAAGCGGCGGAAGGUGGGCGGAAGGACGAAGGGAAGGGGGGAUGGUGGUAAAGAUGGCGGUGAGAAUGGUGCUGAUUCGAAUGCGAGUAGUGAUGUGAUAUUAAUGGGUGAGGAGGAGGGAGAGAGAGACGAGGAGGAGGUGAGAGCUGCGGAUGGUAGUGGUGAGGAGAGAACGGGGUUGGAGGGUGCAGAAGAAAUGGGCGGGGGGCAGGAUAGUGCAGAGGCAAGUGGGGGGGAGGUUGGAGAAGGGACGAGAAGGGGGCAGGGUGGUGGAGAGGCGAGAAGGGAGGAGCUUGGGAGAACCCUGGGCGAGCUUCAAAGAGGGAGGAAGAGAGGUCUAGGGGAGGGUGAUGAUGGGAACGAUGGUGCUGCUGCUGAUGAUGAUGGUGGUGGCGCUGUCGAAGUAAAGGAGGAGCAGGAGAAGGAGGGGGGGCAGGAGGGGGAGCAGGAGGGGGAGCAGGAGGGGGAGCAGGAGGGGGAGGAGGAAGAAAAGGACGAGGGGUCCAAGAGCGAUGUGCUGCUGCUUCCCAGUCCCGAAUCAUCGGAAGGUGAUACUCAUGCAGGGGCGAGGGGGGCUAGGCCUGCAGGGGAGCGGGCGGGGACAGCAGCAGCAGGAGGGGGAGGAAGAGGAGGAGGUGAAAUGGAGGGUGUGGUGUCGCGCUGUCAGCCAUACCAAGGGCGAAACAGCCGGAUGCGGUGGCGGGGAGGAGACAGCAGGGCGGAGGGAAGGGCGGAAGGGAAGGCAGAUGGAAGGAUGGAGAGCGCAGGACUGGGGGAACCAGGGGGUACGGCGGAGGGCAGAGUGGAGGAGAGGAGGGAGGAGGGAAUGGAGAGGAGGGGGGAGGAGGGGGAGGUGGGAGCGAGUGAGCGAGUGCGGAGGGUGUGGGGGCGCGGGCACAAGGAGGUGGUGCCGUAUCUCCUUGGGGGGGUGUGCUGGCACGACAGGGAAACCCUCAUGGACCUGCGGACGCCAGAGGAACCACCUGUGGUCACGUCUCGAGCUGAGCGGAUGAAAGUCGUGCGGGCGACGGCAUGGCAGAGAGUCACGUUUGGGCGGUCGGCUAUCCACGACUGGGGGUUGGUGGCGAGGCGAGACAUAGAGGAGGGCGAGAUGGUGGUGGACUAUCGAGGGGAGGCGCUGAGGCGGAGUGUGGCAGAGCUAAGGGAGAAGCGAUACCGCGACAGAGGAGAGCUGUGCUAUCUGUUCAAGGUGGACGAGGAACGAGUGGUUGAUGCCACCAUGGCCAGCAACUACGCCAGAAUGAUGAACCACUCCUGCAACCCCAACUGCUUUGCCAAGAUCUUUGACGUAGAGGACAAGAAUGGCCACUCGAGCGCGAUCAUCGUCAUCAUUGCUCGCCGCCCAAUUCGCAUGGGAGAGGAGCUAACGUACAACUACCGGUUUGACCGGGAGGAGAAGGACCGAGUGCCGUGCCGCUGCUGUGCCGCCCAGGUGACUUGUAAGUGGACUCAAAAGACACUUUUCCCUUCCGCCCUUCCCCCUCCCCUCCCCACAUGCAGGUACGACUAUCGGUUUGACCGGGAGGAGAAGGACCGAGUGCCGUGCCGCUGUGGUGCCGCCACCUGUCGCUCCUUCAUGAACUGA